AUGACCAUAUACUCAUUUUGGAUCUACGAUAAACAUUGCAACUGCAUCUAUAGCCGAGAAUACACACACUCAAAUAAAAGUGCACAUGCACAAAGAACAGCUAGCGUUUUGAUAAGCAGCCCGGGAGCAACAGUUACGGCCGAUAGUUCAGGUGUAGAGAUGCAGAAUGGUAUGGGUGCACCCCAAGGAACGGUAAAUAAACGGAAUGAUGACAACAUCUCGAAGCUUUUGUUUGGAAUCUGCUUCUCUUUGCGAAAAAUCGCAAACUCCAUAACUAAAGACGGGACAGAGACGGCGAGGGAGGGCGACGAGUCGUUCGACUCGAAUAUUGUCAAUAACGGGAAUCGGGUGCGGACUUUUUCCACUUUGAACUACAAGUGUCACAUGUACGAAACAUUAACGGGGCUUAAAAUGAUUGUGGUGACCGAUAUGCAAUGCCGAGACUUGGGAACUGAAUUGGCAAAUCUGUUCAACACGGUCUAUGUACGGAAUGUGGUGGAAAACUGUGCUUGUCCUGUUGAAUUUCGGCCCGGGGAAUAUAUAGAUAAUACCAUUUUUACCGACGGAGUUGAUUCCUACUGGACUAACUUGGUGGAAUUUAGGUGA